CCCAGCCGGCGACAGUACGACCAUGAGCACGACGACUGUUCCGACGACCAAGGCGACGAAGACGGUCACGUGGGCGACGACGACGGUCCACGAGUUUGAGCUCGGCCACAGCCCGAGCAGCGUCCCCAGCACGGGUGGGCCUGGCCUUGGCCUCAUGGGCAAGCCAGUCGCGACGCACACGGCGCCUGUCGCCGACCGCCUCGGGUCGCCCCGCUCGCACGAAGAGCUGUACCUGGCGCCCAUGAAGCGCAUUGAGUGCCUCCGCGACCUCGGUUUCUCGAUUGACGAGAUUGCCGUCUUUUGCAUCGAGACCAACCAAGCGCGCACCGAGCGCCACGAGAGCGAGCAAGAGUACAUCCAGCAGAUGCGCCAGAAGCAAUACGAAGCACAAGUGAUGCGCCAGCACAUGAUGCAGCUCGAGAUGCAGCGCCAGCGUCAAUUGUACCUGCAGAUGCACUACCAGCUCCAGUACCAGAGCCAGCUGCCCGCGCAUCCCCGCUCGUCGUCGUCGUCGUCGUCCCGGGACGUCGAGCCCAAGGUGGCGUCGCGCCGCGACAUCCAUGUCAUCGACAACAAGCGCCGGCGUCUCUCGGUUGAGGCCAUGCUCAACUAGUGUCGGUCCUUUAUAGCGUAGGUUGAAGCUUAUUUAUUCACAUGUAGUUGUAGUAGUAC